UCAGUUCUCGGUUGGCUUCGGUUAGCAGCAGUAGCAGUAGUUCUUGGUUAUACGCUCGCAGUCACGUCGUUUACGUUUGCACAAUGGCGCGUGCGAUACUAGGCUACCGUUUGUUCUGCCACUGCCAUCGUUUCUAAGCGGAGGUCGGCCCUCGGCCCCCGUUAAGUCGGACCGUUCGUCCGUAGCACUUCGCCGAAGAAUCCAUCAUCAGCCACAUUGAUCGAUUCUUUUCAUGCUUCGUACAACUGCUAUAGCCAGUUGCUGCCGCGAAUAACGCAACUUCCCGCUCCGCUCUUCCUUCCGCAAGCUCGUACGCAUCGCCAUCGUAACCUUGAUUUGAAUAAUCUAGGAUCCAGCCAAUGCUCAAGGCAAACAAGCCAGGGAAGAAGCAAAGUGCGUCCAAAGUAAUUCAUCUGGUAAUAAUUGAUCGUUGGUGAGUGGUGAUGAUACGAAGAGCGGUAGUGAACAGCGGUCGGCGUGCAGACUGCAGUGCACUGCAUGCCAUCGCAUUCGAUUGAACGAUCGCAUCGCCGAGUGUGGUGUUUUCCAAGCAGACGACGCCUGCAGCGGAGCUGAGCAAACAGCCGUCGCCGCCUCCACGCAACGCUGCGGCGCGGCAUUGAUGCCGCGGCAGCGGUCGCCGGUGCACGCGGAGCAGAUGUACGAGCACUGGAGGAUCGCCACUCCGUGCGCUCGCCGUGAAAGCUAGUGCGCGUAGCCGCUGCGAGUACCCGAGAGCGAAGGCGGAGGCCGCGCGAGCAGCGCCGACAUGAGGGCGGCGACGCGCCGUGCGCAAGGCCACGCACCGCAGCUGCAGGUGACGCGCUGCACCCACGGCAAGUUCCUCGUCAAUCCACGCUCGCGGCAGCCCCCCGGCGGCCAGAACCCGGGCACAGACGAGGCGCCGCGAGGCGAGCAGCCGCCACCGCAGCAGCUACAACAACAGCAGCAGCAGCAGCAGCAGCAGCAGCAGCAGCAGCACAGCCCGAGCAUACUGGCGGACAGGUUCCUGCUGCUCGGGCCGGCCGAGUGCAGCAGCCUCAUCCGCUGCGUCGACGUGCGCACAGGACAGCAGCUGGUCGCCAAGGCCCUGCAGGCGGGGGACAAGGGUGCGCAGGCGCUGCUGCAGGCACAGACGCUGAUGGAGGGCUCGGGCGCCGCCUCGGGCUUGGCCGGCCUGGUGGAGGCCGAGGCCGCGGCCGGUGGCGCGCGCAGGCGCCGCUACCUCCUGCUCGACGGCCACCACGGCGACCUGCACGCGUACGUGCGCGCGAGGCGCCGCCUCGGCGAGCCCGAGGCUCGGCGGCUGUUCCGCCAGGCGGCCCGCGCCGUAGCCAGCUGCCACCGGCGCGGCGUCGUGCUGCGGGACCUCAAGCUGCGCAAGUUCGUCUUCUCCGACGAGGCCAGGACGCAGCUGCGGCUGGAGAGCCUGGAGGACGCGGUGCUGGUGGACGAGGAGGACGACCUGCUGUCGGACCGGCGCGGCUGCCCGGCCUACGUGGCGCCGGAGGUGCUACGCUCGGGGCGCGCCUACUCGGGCAAGGCCGCCGACGUCUGGUCGCUGGGCGUGCUGCUGUACACGAUGCUGGUCGGGCGCUACCCGUUCAACGACGCCGAGCACGCCAGCCUCUUCGCCAAGAUCUCCAGGGCGCACUUUCAACUGCCGGAGGCGCUGUCGCCGCGGGCGCGCUGUCUCAUCCGAGCGCUGCUGCGCCGCGCGCCGCACGAGCGGCCCGCCGCCGCCGACGUGCUCGGGCACCCGUGGCUCGCGCGACCGCUGUCGGCGCGCUGCCAGCCGGCCCACGCGGCGGUCGUCGCCGCUGCGAGUCCCGGCCAGGCGACGCCCGGCGCCGGCCGCUGCCAGCAGCAGCGCCUCGACCAACUCGUGCCCGACUUCGCGCAGCUGCAGCCCUGAAGACUGACUGCCCGCUCCGCCUGCCUCUUCGCGCGCCGUGGCCCCGUCGCAUCUGGCCCUAUUUAUUCCUCUGUCGACCAUUCGUUCGCCCACGCGACUGCCUACUGUACAUAUCAGCGCGCUAGUCCCAUCGCUUUCGUCCUACUCUUCUUCUUGUCACGAGCUGUUCAGCAUUUAGGGGCAUCUAACCACGUCUCGCUCCAAGUCUCAACCUCCAUCGAUCGAUCUUCGUCAAGGCAUUUACGUGGCCAACGAGCUAUUUACUUUUCAUAAAAGUGUCACUAUUACGCCGAGCGAUACAGCAACUCGCCUCACUCUUAACACUCCAACACGAUCGACUCGCACGGGCUGGCUGUCAUUGCCUGUGUGCAGCAACAUAGGCUUGUACGGACGAACCUAGAUACAAGCCAUUUUUCCAAAUACUUCGAAUACACUGACUUUUCGUACGAAAUUGCUGAUCUUGUCUCACCAAGCUAUUUUGUCUAAACGCACUAAUUCUCUGACAGCAUUGUCGUUGAAGAAGAAACAAAAAAAAAGCGGACAGAUAACUUACUCAAGUUAACACGCUCUGUUAAAACGAGUUUACAUGCCAAUACCUAACAAGUAAUUGAUUCUGGGUAUGCAUUCAUACACAAUUUAUUGAUAUAAACAUAAAAUCGUUAAUUUUAGUAAAUGAUCAUGUAUAAACAAUGUAAUAUAAUACUAGGAUUUCUAAUGUCACCGAUCAACAGAUCAUUCUUUUCAUUGACAGCUUGUCAAUAAUCGAUUAUUUCUUUUUUUAAUUUUAUGAAUAAUGAAUUGUAUAUUUUUGUAGUUGGUUAAUCGACAUCCAUUAUAUCAGAUAUCGAUUAGAAAUGCCAAAAUCGGUGAUUAUGUAAAGUGCAAAAUUAGUUUUAAGUUCAUGUCGUUAAAGAGCACGCAUAAGUCAUAUAUACAUACAUGCGCGCACGCGCGCGCGCAUACACACAAUAUUUAAACCCGAUGUGGCGUAUGGCCAAAACUGAUGUGCGAUAUUUUUGUGUUGUAAAGAUGUAAAUACAGUGACCAUUGUCCAAGCAUAUGUAUGAUUGUACAUAAAAUGCAAAAGUUGCAGAUUAAAAUAAGUACAUGAAAUGAGGAAAAAAAUUAAAUAAAAUU